AUGUUGAAAACUAGUACUAAAAAUGCCCACAUUGUUCAUAAAAACCUAAAACAAAUUGAACGGAAAAAAUCACUACAAAUAGCUAACAGACAAUUUUUUUCAUUUGUAAAUAAAAAUAGGUUUUUGUUGAACUGUGAGUUAACUUCAGGCAUAAAUAAAAAGUACUACAGCAAGUAUAAGUUCACAGCCCAAGUAGAAGCUGCAGUAAAUAAACAAAUUCAAGCAGAACAACAAGCAUCACAAGAUUACUUAAGCAUGGCAGUAAUUUUCCUGCACCCAUGUAUCUCAAAACCUGGUGCUGGCGGGUAUUUUAUGAGAAUGUAUGAAGAAGAAAUUGGGCAUAUGCAAGACUUCAUUCAGUAUCAAUUAUUAAGGGGAGGCACAACUGUCAUAGAUGGAAUAAAAACACCAGAAAUAAAAACAAAUCUUACAUUAAUAGAAGCAUUCAAGAAAGGCCUGGAUAUGGAAAAAAAUAUUACUGAGGUUCUAGAAAAUCUCAUCAUAACUGCAGAAUCUGUAAAAGAUUACCAUUGUGCAGAUUUUGUAACUUCAGUAUUUAUGGAUGAACAAAUGCGCUCUGUGAAUGAAAUGUCUCACCAUGUGACAAAACUAGCAAAGCUUUGUGACAGUGAACUUGCUCUAUAUUAUUAUGAUUUGCAACUCGCGAAAAACUAUCCAUGGUCGUAUAAACCGAGAGCACAUGUUUAGUUACAUUUUAUUAGUGAUGUUUAUAACAAUUUCAACAAUUAGUUCAUGCUUUUAUUUUUUAUCUAAAGAUUUAUAACAUAAUUAGAUUUUUAAUAAUAUUCUUGUGGUGAUAGCGGUUCAUUAGCAAGUAUUUUAUACACUGUCUCCAAACGGCAAUGUCGUAAAGCUUCUCGUAGUUGCAAA